AUGAAAGCCCGGAAUUCCUAUUUGACAAUACUCAUUCUGCUGAUCACCUGCUGUCUGGAUUGGACUGGUGCUCUAUUCUUCAAGUCCUGGAAGUCGGGAAAAGGAUAUGGUGCAGUUCCAAACUAUGGAAAUAAUGAAUAUGGUGGAGUUCAAAACUAUGGGAAUAAUGGCUAUGGAAACUACGGCUACGGGAACUACGGUUAUGGAGACUAUGCUGGAGGAUACGGCUAUAACUAUCCAAAUUACCCAUCGUAUUCGUCGUACUCUCACUCGAACGGCAGAAGAAAGCCAUCCGGAAACCGUCAAGGGCGUACCUAUUCGCAAAUUGCGAGAGUCAUUAACCCCGCUCCCUAUGUGGGUCCUGGAGGUAGUAAGUUCCUUCCACAUACUCCGUUUUCGGCUCUCUGGGGUUGAGCCUUUUCUUAUCUAAAAUCACAUUGUCAGCAGUA